AUGGUGAUGAUGGUGAUAUCAGCAAUAGCGGUCAUAGAGACAUCAAUUAUGGUCGUGUUGGCAAUGGCGAUAGUGGAGGUGGUGGCAUUGGUGGUUGUGACAAUGCCAAUGGUGGUAGUGGAUGAGACAUUACUAAUGGUGGUAGUGACGAAGGUGCUAGAGUACUCUCAAUAUGCUCACAAUGGGGAGCUUUACAAGGAGCUUAACAAAAAAGGCCAUUUUAAUGAGAAGCAAGCUCCUAUGUAUAUUUUAAGCCUCACAAAGGCAUUGGCGUAUUGUCAUGGGAAGCAUGUUAUUCACAGGGAUAUCAAGCCUGAAAAUUUGUUGCUGAACCAUGAGGGUCGUCUUAAGAUUGCAGACUUUGGUUGGUCUGUACAGUCUAGAAGCAAAAGGCAUACCAUGUGCGGAACCUUGGAUUAUUUAGCACCCGAAAUGGUAGAAAACAAAGCUCAUGAUUAUGCGGUUCAUAACUGGACUCUGGGUAUCCUUUGCUAUGAGUUCCUUUAUGGUGCUCCUCCAUUUGAGGUUGAGAGUCAAGUUGAUACCUUCAAAAGGAUAAUGAAAGUUGACCUAAGUUUCCCUUCUACUCCCUAUGUUUCUUUAGAAGCCAAAAAUCUUAUUAGUCGGCUGCUGGUAAAAGACUCUUCAGGAAGGCUCUCACUUCAGAGGAUAAUGGAGCAUCCUUGGAUAACCAAGAAUGCAAAUCCUAUGGGUGUCUGCAACUAG